UUGACGUCCAUUUCCUUUGAAUCUCUUCGGAAAUCUUUCGAAUAUUAUUAAUUGACCUGAACUUUCUGCACAGCCUCUCCAAUUUUAAGUCAAAUAUUACACAGUGAACACACACACUAACUCGGCCUAUUGUCACCACCAGCCCUCAAAAUGAACAAGAACUCAGACAACGGCGUCACAGGAGCAGCUAAGACCGCUAGUGGAAUUCUCGGCAACACCGUCUCGGGCGUGAGCAACACAUUGGGCGGCGUUGUCGGUGGAGCAACACGCGGCCUUGGGGAAACCGUGAAUGGUGUGACUGGUGGCAUCGGACAACCUCUCGGAGAUGGGCUUGCGAACGUCGGAACAGGUGUUGAGAAUGGUCUGUCCGAUGUGGCCAAGGGGUCUCGGGAUGCCGGACAGUGGAAGAAAUGAAUGAGCUUCACUCCAUCUUGGGGGUUUUCUCGUUACUUAUGACGUCCGGGCGUGGAUUCCUUUGUACCUUUGAUGCCUGAAUGGCUCUAAUCAAUGUUUGCUUAUAAAUGCGUUGAAUACCAAAAUACUUUUCUGUC